AAUAUUCUUAUUGGUGCAAAUCUAACAGCCGUCCAAUGAGAGCACAGCUUUUUGUAAUGUGUACUGAGUUUUUGUGUUUAGUUUUAUGCCUUUACCCGGUAAGUUUAUGUUCUAUAUACGUUAUAUGGAGAAGAGCUUCACCCUCACCCUGAUACUUCUGAGCAUGCCUGGAGUGUACUCUGACAGUCACUCUCUACGUUACGUGUACACGGGGGUCACAACUCCAGGAUACGGAAUGUCGGAGUUCUCCAAAUUUGGAUACGUGGAUGACCAGCUGCUGGAGUUCUACACUACUGAUAUCGGCAGAACCGUUCCUGUGGCUUCGUGGUGGAAGAAGGAGAACCCCGAGCUAUGGGAGAAGAAGACAAGGACGAGCAAAGCAAACGUGGCUUUAUUCAGACACGAAGUGAAGUUCAUGAUGAAGAGAUUCAACCACACUGAAGGUGCGAUCGGUCUCCAUGUUGUGCAGGUGAUGCACACCUGUGGUCUUAGAGAUGACGGCAGCACUGUAGGGGAUGAGCAAUUCCAAUAUGACGGGAGAGAGUACAUGUAUCUGGACGUACAGACAGCAACGUAUUUCCCUUCAAUGGCCGAGGCCCAGAUCACCACAGAGAGGUGGAACCGCCCAGAUAUAAGAGCAGGCGUGGGAAUCAGUAACUACCUGGUGAAUGAAUGCAUCGAAAGGCUGAGGAGAUACAUAGUGAAAGGGAGAGAAGAUCUAGAGCGACGAGUCCGGCCAGGGGUGAAGGUCACAGGUCUGGAAUCGGGAAAGGUCACAAAGCUUCACUGUUGGGUGUAUGGAUUCCAUCCCCGAGCGGUAGAUGUGAAGUGGAUGAAGAAUAAAGUAGAUGAUGUCCCCACAUACGAUGCCACACGUAUCCUUCCCAAUCCUGACGGCACCUAUCAGAUCAGGGUGACCGCAGAAGUGAUACCUCAAGAGGGAAAUAGUUACUCCUGUUACGUGGAUCACAGCAGCCUGGAGGAGCCGCUUUAUGUGAAGUGGGAACCAAGGCAGCACUCCGCACCAGCUGUGAUCAUCAGUGUGGUAGUUUUCAUCAUUCUUUUGCUCUCAUUUGUCAUUGCUGGGGUCCUUAUAUACAAAAAAAAGAAUGACACUUACACAGCAGCCAGAACUUUGGACACAUCGCCUGACACCAGUCAUCAAGUGAAUGAGGAAGCCUGCUCCUUAUGAUGGGGUAUGCAGAAGGAGAAAUGAUUUGGCAUUAAAGGGGUAUUCCAGCUCCGAGGGAAUAAGUGUCUGAUUGUGGGGGGUCUGACAAUCGUAGAUCAAAAAAUUCCUGUGACAAUGAAUUUUUUUUAUACAUCUUUUUAGCAGCUGGAUACAUGACUACUAAAACAGUGUUUCCCAUCUAGUGUGCCCCCAGCUAUUGCAAACAACAACUCCCAGGAUGCCCAGACAGCCUUUAGCUUUCCGGCCAUGCUGGGAGUUAUAGUUUUGCAAAAGCUGGAUGCACACUGUUUCGGAAACACUGUGUUAAGGCAUGCAUUAAUAAAUUAUUCAGAGCAGAAUUUUAAACCUUUUUAGACAAAACAAAAAAUGGAGGGUAUUUAUUUAUUUAAAGGGUCACAGGAUUUAUGCAUUUAUUUUUUGUUCCGGUUUUUGAAAUUCCAGUGUUCAUAACGUUCCAAUUUUUUUUAAUUGUUAUGUUGCUGUAUAAAAUUUUGUUUAUUCUUUGUGGGACUAGUUGCCCUUUUUUGUACCAUUUUGGGUAUGUAUAGUUUUACUGGUAAAUUUAUAUUAUAAAAAUUUUUGAAAGAAAUACAUAAAAAAGUUAUUUGACUUUACUUUUUAGGGCAUUUAUCUUUUAAGUAACUAAUAUGUAAUAAAAUGUA